AAUUUGUCGGCUUGAUAAUUUCGCUCGAUCGCUUCAUGUCAGAGACGUCAAAGCGGCGGUCUGGCGCACAGAGGGCGAAGACGCGGAGAGCCAACAUGGCCUCAACGCAGUCGCAGAGCUCGAGUCAGAGCCAACCGCCCGUCGCUUCCACUUCCGCCAGCAGAACCAAUGGACGAGCCAGGAGCUCAAGCUCAGCUGCAUCCUCUACAGCAUCUUCAUCGGCAUCUUCAGCCUACGAGGACGAGUCCGAGUCGCCCAACGGGAUGGACGUCGACGAGGACCAGUACUAUCUCUCAAUGUCCAAGGAAGAGCAGGCUAGCUAUGAAAAGACCGUCGGCAACGAGUACUUCAGGGCGGGCGACUACCGCAAUGCUGCUGCUCGCUAUUCCGCUGCCAUUGAGCUCGAUCCUGCCGAGGCGUCCUAUCUGACCAACAGAGCGGCAGCCUACAUGGCCAUCAAGAGCUACCGGGCAGCUCUGGAAGACUGCAAGACCGCGGCAGAGCUUGAAAAGGCGCAGCCAAAGGUCAAGACGCUGGCCCGUCUCGGCCGUUGCCAGCUGGCAUGCGGCCUCUUUGACCCUGCUUCGGCGACCCUCAAUGCUGUCUUGGAGCUCGAUGCAAGCCACGCCGAAGCCAAAAGGGACCUCGUCAAACUCGCUCGUGUGCGCGUCAAGGUGGCUCACCUCGAGCGUCAAAUUGGCGCUGGUGACUGGAGUAUGGUGCUCGUUGGCCUCGAGGAUAUCGAGAAGGACGUCGAGAGCGGACCUUCAGCCUGGAGAAGCUGGCGUAUCCAGGCACUCAUCGCCAAGAAGCGCUUAGAGGAAGCUAGCGCGGUAGCAAGCGACGCGCUCCGGCUCAAUACAUCCGAUCCAGAGGCACUCUACUGGCGGGGCAGGGUGCUCUACCUGACCGGCAAUAACGCGCAAGCCAUCGCGCACUUUCAGCAAGCCCUGCGAGGCGAUCCAGACUAUGCAAACGCAAGGACGGGCUUGAAGCGAGCGAAGCUUCUGGAUAGCAAAAAAGAUGAAGGCAAUUCUGCCUUCAAGGCCAGUCGAUGGCGAGAAGCAAUUGCGAUUUAUACCGAGACAAUGACCAUCGACCAAGAGAACGAGACAAUGCGCUUCACUUUACUGAGCAAUCGUGCGGUCGCAUACAGCAAGCUACCGGACCAUCAAGCUGCUCUCCGAGACUGUGAGACCGUCCUGCGCGAUCUCCCGACGCAUUACAAAGCUCUACGCACAAAGGCAAAGAGCCAGCUCGCUCUCGAAGACUACGAAGCUGCCGUCGCGACUUUCGAAGCUGCCCUUAGCGCGGCGACCAAGGGCACCCCGGAAGAGGCGACAGCAGACAAGGAGCUCAAAUCUGCACGCAUCGAGCUCAAGCAGAGCAAGAUGAUCAAUCAUUACAAGGUUCUUGGUGUCGAGCGCGAUGCCAAUGACGGUGACAUCAAACGAGCCUAUCGUCGCCAGAGCCUGAUCCACCAUCCGGACAAGGGCGGCGACGAGCACAAGUUCAAGCAGGUCAGCGAGGCCUACAGUAUCCUCUCUGACCCUCAGAAGCGUCGCCGAUUUGACCUAGGCGAUGAUGGCACGAGCAUGCCAGACACGGGCAUGGGAGGCUUUGCGUUCGAUCCCUCCAUGUUCGCUCGCUCGGGCUUUAGUUCUCAGUACGGCGGAGGACACUCUCAUUAUUCAUCGUACGGCUUCUAG